AUGUUUGUCAGCAUCAAGGAGCAACUCGGCCCUGAUGUUCACAAUACAUCUGGAAAUGAUACGACUCUCAGUGUGUUCAACACGUCAUCUAUCAAACUACCCAGACUCGCAUUACCUACAUUUGAUGGCAAGUACUCGGAAUAUCAAAACUUUUUUACGUCAUUUAAACAAGUUGUAGAUGCUCAUGCUUUGUUAUCCCCAAUCGAGAAAUUUAAUCAGUUGCUAAAUUGUCUACGUGGAUCAGCUCUUGAAACGGUUAAGGCGUUCCAAGUUACACCUGAAAACUACGCAAAUGCUCUCGAGCGUCUAAGGAGUCGUUAUGACAACCCAACCCUGGUUUUUCUGGACAAUAUAUCGUCGCUAUUCAAUUUGCCAAAGGUUGCGAAAUCCAAUAGCCAAACGUUGCGCAGCCUUAUUGACAAUGCAACUUCAUUGUUUAACUCGUUGUUAUCUCUCGGAAGUGAAACCCAAAUUGUUCAGGCGAUGUUCAUCUCAAUCGUAAUGAAUGAAGUCGAUCAGGAGACGAAGAGAAAGUGGAAUGAAUCUUUAGAUUACGGAACUCUGCCGUCCUGGCCCAAAUGCGUUGAGGUCGUAGAGCGUCACUGCCAAUAUCUAGAAGCUCUUAGCAAUGCUAACGGUGAUCCUAAUGCGACCCAGCAGAUUGCCACUAAACAACGUCCUCCACAGCAGCAUCCUGGUAACACUUCUGUCGAUCAUCGCUUUCAAAUCAUAAAAAAAUUGGGUCUCUGUAUUAAUUGUUUCGGCAAAGGUCACCACGUGGCCAAAUGCCCGUCGACACAGAAGUGCCGAAUCUGUUCCCAAUCCCAUCACACUAUGUUGCAUCGAGAAGUCGUUCGAGCCACUCCUUCGCCACCAUUGCCUUCUCAACCUCAGUCAAAUGCUCCGCAGAUAUCGAAUGCAGUUAUUCACACUCACAGGGAGACUCAAGUGAAUCGUGUAAUAUUGGCCACGGCAUUGGUUCUGGUUAAGGAUGCCUCAGGUUGUUACAAGAUAGGUCGCGCUCUGCUAGACUCGUGCUCACAAGUUAACUUUAUGUCUGAUGAGUUUGCUCAAGCGCUUCGCAUACCACGUAUCAAGCGCCACAUGGAAAUACGCAGCAUUGGAGAAUCUCAAACGCAGAUAAAGCAUCGCGCAUCUACCACAAUCAAAUCACGCUUUAACGCAUUAGAAUUGAUGCUAUCUGUUAACCGAAACGUCGAGCGAUUGUGGAAAGUUGAAGAUGUUAGCAAGUCGGCUGACAUAUACACACCAGAGCAGCGCAAAUGUGAGGAGAAAUUCGUCGACUCUGUUCGCCGUGACGAUGAUGGCCACAUAGGGGUUCGGCUGCCAUUUAAAACGGAUCCCAGCUUGCUUGGCAACUCGUAUGAAACUGCACGAAGACGAUUUCAAGCGCUUGAACGCCGACUCAGUCGCUCAGCGGAUAUAAGGUCGAAAUACAUAGACUUCAUGCAGGAAUUUCAAACUCUGGGACAUAUGAGUUUAGUAGAGAUGCCUCAACUCAAUGUGCCACACUUUUAUAUAUCUCAUCAUUGUGUGCUCAAGCCAACGAGUACGUCAACGAAACUAAGAGUUGUCUUCGACGCAUCCUGUCAGACAACGAGUCAGAAAUCGAUAAGUGAUUUGCUCAUGGUCGGGCCAACAAUUCAACCCGAUCUAUAUACGCUGCUUUUACGCUUCCGCACAUAUCGCUACGUGAUCACGGCUGACGUGGUUAAGAUGUUUAGACAAGUCCUCGUCGACGCGGAUGACCGUAAGUUUCAGUACAUUCUCUGGAGGAGCAACCCCGUAGAGCCAGUACGCACCUUCGAACUUAACACUGUAACUUAUGGGACCGCAACGGCACCAUACCUAGCCAUACGAAACAUGAUAUAUCUGGCGGAUCAAUAUUCGAACAAGUUCAAGGUCGGUGCUGAUGCCAUUAAAACCUCGUUUUAUGUUGAUGAUUUCCUUUGCGGAGCGGACACAGUGGACGGUCUCGCUCGAAUCAAGGCAGAGGUCUCCGAAAUUCUUAGUAGUGGCGAAUUUGAGAUUGCAAAAUGGCACUCAAAUUACACUAAGUUCGUCGACGAUCGCACUAUUAAGGAUUUGAAUUUAGAAGAAGAUUCAACGUUGGUCUCUUAUUUCGGUCCCUACAACCAACGCGCGGUAACUCUUAAACAAGUUAUGGGCCCAGUUCGUGUUAACUACGGAACAAUGUCUCACGGAAUGAUGAACAUUGAAAAAUUGUCGGGCGACAACUACGAGAGUUGGUCACUUCAAAUGAAAAGUCUUCUAGUUACCUCCGAGAUGUGA